AUGGCCAGCGAAGAAGCUUCCAUCUUUCUAGAAACUAGUAUCGUUUCCUUUGUCAGUAAUGUCGAUAUUGAUGAAAGUAGUUCGGAUAAGACAGCUACCCAAAUAGCUGAAAGAAUAUCUGAUAAAAAAUUCAAGUUACUGGAUUUAAUUGUGUCAUUAAGAGAUUAUUUAACAUCACAAGAUUUAAACAGACGAAAAAAAGCUCUAUGUUGUCUUUCUACAGUUCUUUCAAAGCUCCCAGAUGACAAAUUACUUAAAAAUGAGAUAUCAGUGGUCCUUUCAUUUUAUGCAUCGAAAUUCGAUGAUACUCUAAUGAUGCAAGAAACUUUAAGUGGGAUUUAUUCUUUAAGCGGAAUGAAAUUUUUAUCAAUGACGGAAGUGGGUCCCAUCUUAGACCUUUUGAGCAAUAAAUACAAUCCAAGCUCUCAUCUAGCAGCUACUAGAUAUUUCGCUUUCAAAAUUUUAGAGAAAAUUUACCAGAGGUUUAGUCCUAAAUUGAUUGAAGAUGGUGAAUUGGCAGAUUUAUUCGUAAAAACUUUCUUACAUGUGGGUAAUGGUGAAAAGGAUCCUAGAAAUCUUUUACUCUCGUUCCAUUUAAAUGAAUUGGUUUCAUCAAAUUGGAACAACGUGGAAAAAUUUAAAGAAGAUUUGUUUGACAUUUUAUUCUGUUACUUCCCCAUUACUUUUAGACCACCAAAGGAUGAUCCAUACAAAAUUUCCAAUGCUGAUUUGAAAAUUUCCCUAAGAAGUGCCAUUUCCGCCUCACCUGCCUUUGCCGAAGAUGCAUUUGGUAAUUUAAUUGAUAAACUGGCAGCAUCUUCCCCCAGUGUUAAAAAUGAUACUUUGCUGACUGUAAAGGCCUGUAUCGAUAAAUUUGGCGGUGAAGCAUGUCUAAAACAUUGGUUACCCCUGUGGAGUUCUCUAAAAUUUGAAAUUAUGCAUGGUAACGAUGCUGGAUAUCCUGACUCGCCUGUAUCAUCACCAACUCAAAUAUCAGAGGCUGAUAAUUAUCAGUUAUCUGUGAAUGUAAUGAGAUCUAUCGCAAGUGCCCUUUUGCAAUUUGAUGAAAAGGCAUUUGACAAAUUUCUUUCGCACAUUGUGGAAGAAGUUAGACCUAAUUUCACAUAUGAAAAGGAUUUGAAGCAAACUUGCUGUUUGCUUGGAUCCAUCGCUAGUGCUAAUCAACAGAUUUUUAACAAAGUAGUUGCAUUAGUGCUUCCUUUAUUCUUUAAAAAUUCUCCAGAACUCUCGAAAUUGAAAUUAGAAAUAAUGAACCUUUCCUUUUUCUUUGAUGCAUACAUAAGGGUAUUUGGUGAAGCUAAUAGUGAACAAAACGAAGUACCACCUAAUUCUCUAUCAGAGCAGAAGGAUGAAAUUUUAAUGGUAUUGAGCAAAGCAUUAACUGCAAGUCCAAAGGUGGAAGUCACCAUAAGAACACUCUCGAUUAUACAAUUUACCAAAUUAAUAAAGAUGAAGGGGUUUUUAAUGAGGGAGGAAGUCGCACUCAUCGUACAAUACAUUUAUGAAGCUAUUCUAACAGACAACAAUAAAAACAUUUAUUAUGCUGGUUUGGAAUCCUUAAAGGCUAUUGGAGAAAUACACGAAGACAUUGUUUUUGAAAUAUCUUUGAAAAGAAUGCUUGAGCUACUACCCAUUGACCCCAAUGAGGGGGCUCAGUUAAAUGAGAACGAGCCAGUUGAUAAGGAAACAAUUUUGAAAGCCAUAUUGGAUUUCACCAAUUCCAGACAUAAGCUAGUCAAAGAGAGUGUUCUCGGACUAUCAAAAAAAUUAUGUCAAGUAGCACCAUAUGCGGAUUCUAGUGAAUAUUGUUUCCUAAUUAUCUCCUCUAUUCACACACUCUUAUCGAACAAUAUUGAAAUGAUUAGGGAAAAUGACGCUGGAUUCAUCAAAGAAAAUAUCGAAAUGCCGCUAUUCGCUGCAAUGACUAAUUAUCCAUCUCUUCAAAAGGAUGAUCAUAAUUUGACAUUGUUAUCCAAUAUAAUCUUCUUUCUCAAUUUAAAGAGCCCCAGAAAUACUCAUCAAGAUGAAUUAACCAGAUACAAGAAAUAUUUUGUCGACAGUCUGCAGCUUUUUGUCAAACCUUCACGUCUUGUAGUGCCAUUUGAAAAACUCCUAUGUGGAAUUGAUAAGAACUGUGAAUUCAAUGAAGUAGAGCACUACUUUGCACAAACUAUGGAUCUUUUAAGAAGUGAAGAAAUCACCGAAGCUCAGUUUGAGAGAUUAGGGUACUUGGAAUUAUUAACUAUCUUCACGAACAAAUGGAUGGAUGAGCAGUCAUUGUCGAAAUUUAUUAAUUUGGAUGAUCUAUCACCCGUCAAUUUAGAGAUGCUUGUAUGGAUAGUCAAAGGUUUAGUCAUGAAGAAUUCUCAUCAUGCGGUAUUAUUCCAAGAAAAGUUUGUGAACUUACUAUCGAGCUCAGAAAUUGGUAACUAUAUGGCCAAGUUAUUUGAAGUUUUCGUUGUAGACGUCAUCACAUUUCAAAAAUACAAGGGCAUCAGUUGGAACAACAACGUCAAAUUGACUUACAAGCAAAAAUUCUUCAAUGAUGUGUUUAGCAGACUGGUGGAUGCCUUCAAGAAUACGUCAGAGAUGGACGUUAAAUCCAACUAUUUAACAGCACUCUCUCUUGUUUCCAAACACAUCUCAAGCAAUUUGAUCGAACCCUAUAUGAAUGAAAUGUUACCGCUACUUUUACAAUCCUUAGAUAUGCCCAAUUCUGAAGUUAAGGUAUCUGCUCUGAACACUCUACUAGAUACUUGUGAAAAAUUCCAUCAGUUAAUUACUGAACAUGUUCAGACUCUAUCGCGCUCGCUGUUGAAAUUAGUAUCACCAGUUUCCUACAAUAGUGUCAGCGUAAGGGUUCUUGCCCUAAGAAUGCUGGAGACUUUAACCCAUGUAGUACCAUUAAAUCACCUCCUUCCUUUCAAAGAGGACAUUAUUGAUGGAUUACUACCAGUAUUGGAUGAUAAAAAGAGAAUUGUGAGAAAACAGUGUGUGGGCACAAGACAAGCCUAUUUUGAACUAGGCCAAGUCCCAUUUGAAUGA